ACGUAUGACUAGCCGACACCAUUUUUAUUGAAAUUUAGUAUUCGACUCUAUUCGGGGCUAAACACACGUUUACCUCCUGAAUUCUUUCAAGUUAUCUUCAAAAUUUAUUUUUUAGCUUAGGACAACCAAAAUUUUAGUCUGGACAAACCUGAAUUUUGGCUUAAAUUUUAAUCGAUACAAAAUGUUUAAAAAAUCCGCCGUAAUUCUUGGACGAUGCACGAAGGACUGCCUUGGCAGCAGAGUCAUGCGUCCCAGCUUCUUGGUUCGUUCCCACCAUUUGGCCAGUUUUAAACAUGCAGGUAUUCAAGACCAACGGAAUGUUCGCCCCAAUGAGUCUCCCAAGAUACUGAAGGAUGGAUCCAUCGGAGUAAUACAUGUCCAGGGCCACGAAUCGGCCAACCUCAUCAAUCCCAUGCAACGCAGAUUCCUGAACGAUCUGGAGCUUCUGCAGAAUCGUUGGUUAAAGGAAGAAAAGAAGAACCAGGACGAUGUCGAAAAUCUGACCAAGCAGAUAACCAUGGCCGCAAAAGGAGCAAAGGGCGCUAAAGGCGGGGACAAAUGCGGUAAAGAUGCCGAGAAAAAGAAGAAAGAAGCCGAGCAAAAGAAAAAGUGCGCUGAAAUGGCCCAAAAGAGGAAAUGCGACCAGAUGGCCAAGGAAGAAGCAAAGAAGCAAGAGGCGGCCAAGAAGAAGAAAGAACAAGAAAAGAAGUGUAAGGCAAUGGCGGAAAAGGAGAAAUGCGCUAAAAUGGCCCAGGAAGAAGCAAAAAAGAAAAAGGAAGAAGCAAAAAAGAAGGAACAGGCAAAAUGCGCUAAAAUGGCCAAAGAAGCAGCACAAAAGAAAGAAAAAGCAAAGUGCGCCAAAAUGGCCCAGGAAGAAGCGAAAAAGAAAGAGGCGGAAAAAUGCAAGAAAAUGGCUGAGAAGGACAAAUGUAAAAAGGGUGGCGAUAAGAAAUCCAAGAAGUAGGUGACCAUGAAGUGCAAUAAAAUAUGAACCAAAUUUUAAAAUACAAAAUCUACAAUAGUUAAAAAUUUGUGUUUAUUAAAAAUAUUUUAACCAAAA